GAGGAAGUCAAACCGAGCAGAGGCGCUACCGUGUUAGCAAUAAAAAAUAAAAAAAUCAUAUAGAUAGAUAAAUGUACAGCAAGGAGGGUCUUUAAGCGAACAUGUGCCAUAUUUGUGCUCGGGGACGACACGUUUAACCGAAAGGAGCGGGCUCCGUGGACUGAGGCAGCGGAGGGAGACUGCUGCUCCUCAGGCAGAGAGAGAGAGAGAGAGAGGGGGAGAGAGGCUCCCCGAUCACCGACAGCCUGAGAGCAGGAACCGCACACUGGCUGAAACAACGACCUGCUUUUACUUCUUCUGAGGAGAUUCCCCCUCCAAAAAAAGGUGGAAUAGUGUUUCUUUAUUCGGUGCUGAAGGAAUCCAGCCGCAUCCCGAACCAUCGCCGCCUUAACGGUCAUUAACCUGGGCUUACCGCCGCGCUGCCUGCCUUCCUCCCCCGGUCCCCGCCAGCCCAGAGACUGCCUCUAUGCGCUGGCUCCUGGAGCUCCUCAACCAGCCAUGGACUGUUUUUAUUAUCUUUACUGAUAUUUUUCUCCCGGAGUUCCCGGACCGCGGGGGGCUGUUCCUCGGAAGUGCAGCCAGACUUCCCCAAUAACAGGGAGACGGAAGCAGCCGUUAGCGGCUUUAUUUUAGGCAAACUGCGGCAUGGUUUGGGAGCAGCGCCGCUGUUAGCCAACCAGCCUGCGGUAGACAGCCAGCUGAUCCUGGGGGAACAUUUUAAUGAAGCCUGGCUGCUUCUUUAGCCUCCUGGCUAACAGCUUCACAUUCAGCUAACUAGCAUCCUGGCUAACUAGCACCCGAACAUCGGCAGGAGGCUACAGCGCGUUAGCUCCACGGCGCGUGGAUUUGGGCUGUGAUUAGUUCAUCGGGGCCGCUGUGGAUUUUAGAGCAAAAAAACCGCUGAAGGUGUUUUUAUCCGUGUGUUUUUUUUUUUUUACCAACAGUAUCUGUGGCGUGAUUUGUGCGCCGCGCGCGGAGAACUUCAACCGUAACAGGAAGGAAGCGAGAGAAAAAAAAGGACAAGAAACCCUGAAGGAUUGAAAUCAUCAUGACUGCUGCCCGUUUUUCACCGUCAGACCGCCCGGGCUCAUCUGUACCAACAACCGCUUAGGAUAAACAUCUAUUUUUGUUUAAACCCCGUCCUAGAAGGCCUCCUGGAAAUCACCCCCCUCCCUCCUAAAUGUGAUGCUUUGAGCAAAACGAGCCACACGUGUCUCUGUUUGUUUGCCGUGAGGCCAAAGAAGCGAUCGAGUCACAAUUGUGCACAUUUCACUAAAAGUGAAACAUUUUCACCAUCUGAAGGGGCAGGAGGACCGAGGAGUGAAACCUCAUGAGGACCUGGACCAGAACCGAUCCUUUGGACGCGGUUUUCAGCAGGGAAUCCCGGGAGACGCGCAGGAUUUGACAGCUGUCCCCUAACGGAACUAGCCCCCCCGGACAGAGGCUGCAGCUCACCGCCUGAUCUCAUCUGUUGACCCCCGUCCACCUGAAUGCCCCCCCACCUCCUGCAUGAUUUUAUUUCUUAUUUCUAAAUGAUGGUGGCUUGUGGUUAGCAGCCACAGAGAGACACGAUUCCGCUUCCUCCAGACCCCCCCUCCCCUUUACCACCCCCCCCACCCGGCAUCUGCUAGAAGGAACACAAACAAAAAACACUUUUUUUUUUAUAAUCCCUCCUAAAUAAUUUUUAAAAAGCACCACAGGAAGCCUGAUUGUUCUACUAGUUUGUUCGUCCAAAGGGUGGAAACAUGGCGGACCUGGAAGCGGUGCUCGCCGAUGUCAGCUACUUGAUGGCGAUGGAGAAGAGCAAAUCUACUCCUGCGGCACGCGCCAGUAAGAAGAUCAUCCUCCCUGAGCCCAGCAUUCGCAGUGUGAUGCAGAAGUACCUGGAGGAAAGAGAUGAACUCACUUUUGACAAAAUUUUCAACCAGAAAAUUGGCUUCCUGCUGUUUAAGGACUUCUGUAUGAACGAGAUCGACGAGGCUGUGCCUCAGCUCAAGUUCUACGAAGAAAUCAAGGAGUACGAGAAGCUGGACUCGGAGCAGGAGCGCCUGAGCCGCAGCCGGCAGAUUUAUGACGUCUACAUCAUGAAGGAGCUGCUGUCCUGCUCACAUCCAUUUUCCAAGAAGGCGGUGGACCAUGUGCAGAGUCAUCUGGCAAAGAAACAGGUCCCACCGACUCUUUUCCAGCCGUACAUCGUGGAGAUCUGCGACAGCCUGAGAGGGAAUAUCUUCCAGAAGUUCAUUGAAAGUGACAAGUUUACUCGGUUCUGCCAGUGGAAGAACGUGGAACUCAACAUUCAUCUGACCAUGAAUGACUUCAGCGUGCAUCGAAUCAUCGGCAGGGGAGGCUUCGGGGAGGUGUACGGCUGCAGGAAGGCCGACACCGGGAAAAUGUAUGCCAUGAAGUGCUUGGACAAGAAGCGGAUCAAAAUGAAGCAGGGCGAGACUCUGGCGCUCAAUGAGAGAAUCAUGCUGUCGUUAGUCAGCACCGGGGACUGCCCCUUCAUCGUCUGUAUGACCUAUGCCUUUCACACUCCCGACAAGCUCUGCUUCAUCCUGGACCUAAUGAACGGGGGGGACUUGCACUACCACCUCUCUCAGCAUGGCGUCUUUAGCGAGAAAGAGAUGCGCUUCUACGCCGCUGAAAUCAUCCUGGGUCUGGAACAUAUGCACAACCGCUUCGUUGUCUACAGGGACCUGAAGAUACGGUGCUGCGCUGCACAGCAAAAAGGCUCCACAGCGCCAUCUACCAGAGUGGCGCUGCAGAGUGGGACUCAUGGCUACAUGGCUCCAGAGGUCCUCCAGAAGGGAACGGCGUACGACAGCAGCGCAGACUGGUUCUCUUUGGGCUGCAUGCUCUUCAAACUCCUCAGAGGGCACAGCCCCUUCAGACAGCACAAGACCAAAGACAAACAUGAGAUAGACCGCAUGACGCUGACCAUGAAUGUGGAGCUGCCGGACUCAUUCACCCCAGAGCUAAAAGAUCUCCUGGAGGGGUUGCUGCAAAGGGAUGUGUCCAAGCGGCUGGGAUGCCAGGGCCGAGGAGCACUAGAGGUGAAGGAGCACAUGUUUUUCAAAGGCAUCGACUGGCAGCAGGUGUACCUGCAGAAGUACCCCCCUCCUCUAAUCCCACCCAGGGGAGAGGUGAACGCUGCUGAUGCUUUUGACAUCGGCUCGUUUGACGAGGAGGACACCAAGGGCAUCAAGCUGCUGGACAGCGACCAGGAGCUGUAUAAGAACUUCCCUCUGGUCAUAUCGGAGCGCUGGCAGCAGGAGGUGGCAGAGACCGUCUACGAGGCCGUCAACCAGGACACCGACAAGAUAGAGGCCCGCAAGAGGGCCAAGAACAAGCAGCUGGGCCACGAGGAGGACUAUGCAUUGGGGAAGGACUGCAUAAUGCACGGCUACAUGCUGAAGCUGGGGAACCCGUUCCUCACCCAGUGGCAGCGCCGCUACUUCUACCUGUUCCCCAACCGAGUGGAGUGGAGGGGAGAGGGCGAGUCACGGCAAAACCUGCUGACGAUGGAGCAGAUCGUGACGGUUGAGGAAACGCAGGUUAAAGACAAGAAAUGCAUUCUGCUGCGCAUCAAAGGAGGGAAGCAGUUCGUUCUUCAGUGUGAGAGUGAUCCUGAGUUUGUGCAGUGGAAGAAAGAGCUGAACGAGGCUUUCACAGAAGCACAGAAGCUGCUGCGCCGCGCCCCCAAAGUGAUCGGCAAAGGCCAAGGCGGCGUGGUGGAGCUUUCCAAGCCUCCUCUCACACACCGCAACAGCAACGGGCUGUGAAUCAACGAGCACACAUGCAUUUCCACACACACUCACACACACACACACUGCGCACCAACUCAUUUCCACAAGACAUCGGCCCCAACUUCACCACGACACGGUGUGUGUACGGACUCAGCAGCCUCAUUCCAACACUGACACCACGAUGAAGAGGAGGAGGUUUAGUUUCAUUUUCUUCUUCAUUGACGCCACUCUGCCAGUCCCAGAGAGAAGGGAGAGGAACUCCAGCCUCCCUUUGAUUGGAUCUCUAAAACAUCCUGAGAGGCUCGAAUGAAAAAGCCUUUGGAUCAGAUGAGCAGGAGGUCCAAUCAAAGGGGAGAACUCCUCCCAGGGGGAUGCGGAAGGGGCGGGGCUACCGGGGAAACUGAACAGAGGAAAACCUGCUGCUCAACUUUAUCCUCUCACCCCUCCUUCUCAGUUACUGAAGUGUGCAAAGUGCCAACAUGGACGUUUUACUUGAGUCACCUGAGCGGCCGGAUGGAGCGCCCCCCUCCCCCACCCCCACCCCUCUUUGGCGACAGCUCAUCAUUCCAGUCCUGGAAAAGAGGACCACUGACUCUCUUCAGAUAGGCUCCUGUGCAGCUUGUUUCCAUGGUGACCGAGAUUCCAUUGGCUGUCAAACAGCAACGGGUUGCCAGGGGAAACAGGAAGACCAAUGUACCUGGGGAUGCAUAAGCAUGGAUGUAGGCCUGCAGCAGAGCAGAGCAUAUUCAGUGUAUAUAAGCAACCCUUUCUCUGUGCAUCAAUGUUAAAGUCCACUGUGUUUGCAUUGUACUGGGGGGGGGGGGCAGUUUUCAGACCACGUGAUCACAUCCUGCUGGGUUUACACGGAAAAGGUGGAUGAGAAAAGGAGGUAAAGCAGAGAAAAAGUAGAACCAGCCAGUAGAAUAACACCCAUCUGAUACACGGAAACUUCUCCGGUUCAACAAUAAACCUCCAACUUUAGCAACAAUAUUUUUAGCUGUAUUUUUAAUAAACUUUAAAGUUCCCCUUUAUCUGUUUUUGUUCACCGUGAUGGUACAAAAAGUUUCACAAAUCACCGACUUUGUUCUAAGAAAUAAGAAAAUGUUUGACCGGGCUGUGUUGCCUGUUUUUUUGUUGUUGAUUUUUUUGCCUCGUCUAGUUUGAAGACGGUCCGCCUCCUUCAAAAGGACUGAAAUGCUUCCUUUCUGGAUUCUCAGAAGCAGAAUAAAGGGUCCGUAGUUUCAGAGUCUAAAAGAUCAUAUUCCGCUUUGAUCAAGUAUUUUAAAUUGAAAAGGAAAUGCAGUUCAAGCUUCAGAAACUGUGAAAUGGUGUCUGCAGCCUUAGCAGCAACAGCUA